AUGCUCUUCUGGCUCAAGAUUUAUCUUCAUUGGUUUAGGAGAUGGCCUGAGCGAGCUAUUCUCUUCCCGGGUAUCCCUACUAAAACAAUAUUAAAAAAGGAGCAACAAACCACAGAAAUUCAUGCCAAGGAUUCACAUAAAGUUCAAUUACAGACCUGGUUUUGUUGGUGGACAAAUGCAUCCAAGAAAAAUCGCAGCUUAAAGAAGGAUAUGUCCAUCUUUGAAGCUGCACUGGUACUGAAGUCGCAUACAAAAUCCACUGAAGAGAUAUACAUGGACAUGGUCUAUAAUGAAUGGAUCAAACCUCUCAUCAAGGCCAAACAAGAGGCAGGUAACAUAAGUACAGCUGGCCAGCGCAUGGCAUUGGGCCAAAAGUUUUGCAAGGAGCUCCUGGAAGACAAGUCAGACCAGGUUAAGGAUGAAGUGAGAGAGAAGUAUGAUAAACAGAAAAAGGUAAAGAGGGUCAUAUUAGACAAUGAAGAUGACAAUGAUGAAACUGAUGCUGAUGCCAUCGCAAAAAAAACUCAAUUCAUAGUCUCCUUCAUGUGUGCUGGACCAGAGCCGAGGCAUGAUUGGGACAUUGUUUCAUUAUCGUGCCAUCCAUCAGAAACCCCCGCUGGGAGUAAUUUUUCUCAAUUGUGCCCUGACAAGGACAACACCUUCCUUGCGGCAUACCAGCAAUACGCUGAGUUGAUAUUCUCUGUGAACAAGUGUAACCCACUACUGCCAGGUGUUGAAGAUGACAAUGAGCUUGAAGAGCUUGAAGGAUGCGACAAUGGUGAAGAGGAUGGAGGAUGUGAUGGUUCCAUGGAUUGGAAUAUUCCAGGUCUUUAUAUUGUUUUGUGCCCGCCUGAUUCUAAGCACAAGCGCAAGUCGAAGCUCCCAGCUGCCGAAGUCAAUUGCAAUCCUGCUAUAGAACCCACCCCCACCAUCACGCCCAUGAACAUGGCCAAACCCAAGGCUAAACCCAAAGCAAAACCUCUCACCAAGUCUGGUGCAGUAAUGGAGACAUUGCAUGCUACUGCUGAUGAAGGCAAUAUGUUGGGUCAUUUGACUGCCUCCCAACUUGACUAUGAGCAGCAUGAUUCCUGCAAAGAAAAGGCAAACGAAGGCAUGAGUCCAUGUCUUCAUGUCAUGAUCACAAAUUUGCUUCUUGUACCAUAG